AUGCUGAGACUGUGUGUCGUGCUCAUCUACCUUUUGUACGGGGUGAAAACAGAUCCUGGGGAGACAUGCCCUGCAUUCACAGCUCUUAGCAUUGGCAACGCUUUGAUAGGGACAGACCUGAAAGUGAAGCUGCUGCUCUACACCAGACAGAACCCAAACUGUGCUGAAGAGCUCAAUUCAACAGCCUCCAAGUAUCUAGAUGUGACCAAGAAAACUACAUUCAUCAUCCACGGAUACCGACUCACAGGCUCUGCCCCGGUCUGGAUCCCUGACUUGGUACAUCUUCUGCUUUCUGUAGAAGACAUGAAUGUCAUCCUUGUGGAUUGGAACUGGGGGGCGACAACUCUCAUCUACAGUAAUGCUUCCAGAAACUGCAAGAAAGUUGCUGAGAUUCUGAAGAAACUUAUUGAUGAAAUGUUGGUUGAUGGAUCAUCACUUGACUCCUUGCACAUGAUAGGAGUGAGCCUGGGAGCACACAUCUCUGGCUUUGUGGGACAGAUGUUUGAUGGUACGCUUGGAAGAAUCACAGGCCUUGACCCAGCAGGCCCCUUGUACAGAGGAAAGCCGCCUAGUGAGAGGCUAGAUCCUACAGACGCACAGUUUGUUGAUGUCAUUCAUUCGGACACCGAUGGACUAGGUUACAAAGAAGCACUAGGCCACAUAGACUUCUACCCCAACGGCGGGAUGGACCAGCCUGGCUGUCCACUGACAAUAUUUUCUGGAUUGCAGUAUUUUAAAUGUGACCACCAGAGGUCUGUUUUCCUGUUCAUGUCAUCCCUGAAACAGAGCUGCAAUAUUACCGCAUACCCGUGUGACUCGUACAGAAAUUACAGGAAUGGCAAAUGUACCAGCUGCGAAACUUUUUGGCCUAUGCCAUGCCCCAUCCUAGGUUAUUAUGCCCAUGAAUGGAAAAGCUAUUUAACACAACAGAGCCAUCCAGUGACAAGUAUGUUUUUUGAUACAGCGGACAAAGAGCCGUUUUGUAUUUAUCACUACUUUGUGGACAUUAUUACAUGGAACAAAGACACCAGAAGAGGCACAUUCAGCAUUGUACUAGCUGAUGAAACCGGGAAGAAGGCAGAAUCAAAAGUUAAUCCAGAAGCUGCAGCCUUUCAGCAGUACAACCAAAUCACUUUGCUAAUUGGAUUUGACCAGGAUUUUGAAAAUGUAGAAAGAAUUUCCUUGACAUUUUCCACAGGAUCUGUCAUUGGCCCAAAAUUCAAACUCAGGAUUCUCCAAAUGAGGUUCCGGUCACUUACAAAUCCAGAAAGACCCCAGCUGUGCAGAUACGACCUUGUCCUGAUGGAGAACACCAAAAAAACCUUCAAGCCCAUCCCAUGCUGGAGCAGGAGCUAA